AUGGCACCCACAAAGAAGGGCGGCAAGAUGAAGAAGUGCUGUUCUGCCAUCGACCAGGUAAUGACCAGAGAAUACACCACUGACAUUCAGAGGCACAUUCAUGGAGUGAGCUUCAAGAAGCGUGCCCAUUGGGCACUCAAAGAGAUCUGGAAAUUUGCCAUGAAGGAGAUGGGAACUCCAGAUGUGUGCAUUGAUACCAGGUUCAACAAAUCUGUCUGGGCCAAAGGAAUAAGGAAUGUUCUAAACUGUAUCCAUGUGUGGUUGUCCAGAAAACAUAACGAGGAUGAAGUUUCACCAAACAAGCUCUAUACAUUGGCUAUCUAUGUACCUGUCACCACUUUCAAAAAUCUACAGGCAGUUAAUGUGGAUGAGAACUAA